UAAUGGGAGUCCCUUCUGCUCAGUUCUGACACGUGUCGCGAAACUAGUACGUCAGUGCACGUGCCACAGCUCAAAACCACGUGGCAGGUAAAGAGCAUGCAGGUCUUGGGGUGGUGGAUUAACGCUUUUGCUUUAUUAAACGUUUUGGACUAAUUAAUCUUACGUGUCAUGAAACUCUCAUUUCAUCGUCUCUUUUCAUGCCACGUGGCUUUCUCCCCGGCAUUUUCUCUGUGACUACAUUUGCUGCUUAAAUAGUUCUGUUUUUCUAUCCUCUUUAAUAUAAGUAACAUCUUUGUUCCAAAAGAUAAAAGCUUUUACAAGAAAUCAAUUAGCUGAGCGCUUUAUGAAGUUUUAAUUAUAUAUGUCUACUGUGUUAAUGGCGAAGGAUUAUAAAAUGUUGGAGCUUUUGAAGGAAGAUGAUAAUGGCAUUGAACUGAGUUUAGGGUUAUCCAUUGGAGGAAGUUAUAGCACAAAGAAAUCAGAUGAUAAGAUUUUAAUAGAGUCCCAAAGGUCACAAAAGAGGGAAAUACAUAGAGAAAUGAUGGGAAAUGACGAACAAAUUUCAGCGCAAAAAGUUCGUAGAAAAGGAGAAAUUUGUACUUCUAGCUAUGGAUGUGGUACAUCUAAAGCUGCAAAAAGGUUGAAUCUUGGUUUGAAUCAAGAUCCAUAUGUAAAUAAUCAGAAUCCUGAGGUUCCAUUUCGGGCUCAGAAUAGGGGUUUUAGGCAUUAUAAUGAGAAUAGGGAUGGGAAUUUGAGUUAUAAACAAUGUAGAAGCAGUGAUUCGGAGGAAGACUUUUCAGGCAAAAGUAGUCUUAAGAAUUGCAAAGUUUUGUCCAAUGGUUCACCGGAAAGAUGUUCCUCAACAAUUUCAGAAUGCCAAAGUUCAUCUCCUAAAGGUCAAAGCAAUAGUGAUAAUGCACAAGGAAUACAGCUUAGUACUUCAGGGAGAAAGCAUACAGAGUUUGAACAGCUUACAACUAAUGUCAUUCCUAUCAAAGAGAAACAAGACCAAACUGUAGAGAGAAAAAUGCAAUUGGGUGCUAAAAUGGGUUCAUCUUCGCAUAAGCAAUCAAGCACUUAUUCUGAUUCAAUCCAUAAUCCCAAUCCCACAAACCAAGCAAAUGCAGGUCAAUUUUCUUCUCCUUUAAAGCAGAUUCCAAAUUCUGAAAUCAAGAAUUGUGGCAUUUCAUUGCUUUCUCGAAUGCCGUGUGUGUCAACCACUGGUAAUGGUCCAAAUGGGAAGACUUUAAGGGGGUUGUUAUCCAGGUAUAAUAAUAGAAUGGAGAUUAGCAUUAUCUGUGUUUGCCAUGGAAAAUCAUUUACUCCUGAAUUUGUUGAGCAUGCUGGUGGAGUUGAUGUAUCACAUCCUUUGAGGCAUAUCACUGUAAUUCCUCCUUGUUCUUGAUAGAAGCUAAAUUAUCCUGAACCUCUGAGCCUUUCCUUUUCUUUUUGAUUAAGUCUAGACGGAUUUAAAUGAAGCGACAGAUUUAAAUAUCCAUACUUGCUUGGCUUGAGCUGUAGUUAUGUUUUUUGGCUCGCUUGAGUUGUGCGGAAAAAGCUUCUUUACCUUCACAAGGCAGAGAUGAGGUCUGUAUAUACACUAUUUUCCUCAGAGUCGAUUUGUAGGAUUAUACUGGCUAUGUUAAUGUUGAUGAAUUGCGAGGAAGUCUCAACUAAAUGGGGCUGUGGAAGUGUAAAUUUUUUGCUUGGUCUGCGGAAUGGAAACAAUAUUGUGACUUAGUGAAAUUUCACAAGUAGAGUCGGGAAGGAGGGUAAGAUGUAUGCAGCAGCAAGAUAGAUGUUUUCAUUGGUACCACUUGUUAUAUGGUGUAAAUGUGUUCAUCACGUGACUGACUUUGAUACUAUACGCACUCUUCUAUACCUGCUGACCUCAUGAAGGGAUUAUAAUAAGAGUAUAAAUUAUUACGGUACACAAUUUCCCUAGAGUUUACGUGAUAUUUUCCGCACUUGAGUUUAACAUCUAACGUAAAUAUGUGUAAAGGAGACAUUGUUUUGUACUCAGUGGUUCGGUGUAAAAUAUUCUGCACGAGCAAGUUUUUACGAGUUACUAUUUUGUUUA